AAUUAAGAAGAGUCCUACUUGGAGCGUUGGAGGUUUCGGAAUUAGGACAGUUCGGCACUUCCAAUAAUCAACGGAGACUGUUUCUUGCUCUUGGACCUUCUUCUUCGUCUAUGGCGUAACCUGCUAAACAAUCUUUUCCAAUCUUUCUUCCAUUAAUCAUCAGUAUCAACUUUUGCUAAUCCGGUGCUCAUCUUCGCCGUCUUCAAGCUCCAAUUUGUAGGGUUUUUCUCUCUCCAGGAGCUAGAUUACUUUAUGUUCUGGGAAUAAAUUUUCAGUAAAAUGAUAAUGGAUUUCAAUUGAGGAGAUUUUGUCGUAAAUCUUGCUGUAUCUGUUUCCUGUGAGAAUCUAUCUGCUGUUGUCAUGGAUCCUAGAUUAGGACAGAAUCAGGGCCGGGAAUCGCCAACCGAGAGUGCGAGUUCACGUGAUACUUCGCCUACUAUGGAUGGAAUUGUGGUGAAGAAACGAGAGGAUGAGAGGAAUGAUAAUGAUUGUUUUGAGCAAUCGGUAGUCAGAAGGAUUUUUACAGGAGAAAAAGUUACUCUCCGUAAUAUAGCUGAAGAAAGGGUUGACGUCAUAUCGGAAAAAAUGCAAAUUCUUCCUGAGGAAUACCUUGAAGACUUGAAGAAUGGGUUGCGUGUUAUUCUUGAGGGAAAUGGUGGUUCACAACAGAGGGAAGAAUUUUUAAGCUUACAAAAGCUUGUUCAGAGUAGGUCGGAUUUGACCCCUAAGAGUUUACUUAGAGCUCACCGAGUGCAACUCGAAGUUCUUGUUGCUAUGAAAAUGGGAAUUCAGGCUUUCUUACAUCGGAAUGUUUGCCUUUCUCAAUCUUCUCUCAUUGAGAUUUUUGCCUAUAAGAAAUGUAGAAACAUAGCAUGCCAAAACCAGCUUCCUGUAGAUGACUGUACCUGUGAAGUCUGCACAAACAAAAGUGGUUUCUGUAAUGUUUGUAUGUGUGUUAUAUGUAGCAAGUUUGAUUUCGAAGUGAAUACUUGCCGAUGGAUUGGUUGCGACAUAUGUUCACAUUGGACCCAUACAGAUUGUGCAAUUCGUGAUGGCUUGAUUUGUAUGGGUGCUUCUAGGGUUGGCACAGGACAGCCUGAGAUGGUGUUUAGGUGUCGGGCUUGUAAUAGGACCUCUGAACUUUUGGGUUGGGUUAAAGAUGUAUUUCAACAUUGUGUGCCCUCGUGGAACCGGACUGCUCUCUUGACGGAACUUGACAUUGUUGGCCGUAUUUUCCGUGGAAGUGAAGAUGUUAAAGGCAGGAAGUUAUUCUGGAAGUGUGAGGAGCUUAUUGAAAAGAUGAAGGGUGGUCUAGCUGAGUCAACAGCUUGCAGAGCAAUCCUGAUGUUCUUCCAAGAGCUUGAGGCGGACCCAUCUAGAAAUGCAGGAGUAGGGGAAGGUGGAAGGCUAUUAGCACCACAAGAGGCUUGCAAACAGAUUGCGGAAGUGGUGCAGGAAGCUAUAAGGAAAAUGGAAAUGGUUGCUGAUGAAAAGCUUCGAAUGUUGAAGAAAGCCCGCAUGGCUCUUGAGACUUGUGACCGUGAGCUCGAGGACAAAGCUAGGGAAGUGGCAGAACUGAAGCUUGAGAGGCAGAGGAGGAAGCAGCAGAUAGAUGAGCUUGAGAGCAUUGUGAAACUUAAACAGGCAGAAGCGGACAUGUUCCAGCUUAAGGCUGAUGAAACAAGACGAGAAGCUGAGAUGCUACAGAACAUUGCUCUUGCCAAAUCGGACAAAUCAGAGGAAGAUUAUCGCAGUAGAUACCUAAAACUAAAGCUAAGCGAAGCAGAGGCAGAAAAGCAAUAUCUAUUCCAGAAAAUGAAGGUACAAGAGAGUUCUCGUGCUCUGCAUGCUAGUGAUGGGAAUGAUUCUUCGCAUCUUUUCUCUAACGCACUGAAAAACGUUUACUCUAGUGCUGAUUGCCAGACUAGUGAGAGGAAUUCUGGAAGAAAGAAUCCAUGAAACGUGAUAUCGUGUCUCCCUCAAAUCAGUAGAGUAUAGCUGCCCAUGUCGCUUCCCGAAUUCUGGACAAACCGUACAGCAAUGGAAGGUACGGUUUGUCGACAUUUGGUGCUAUUUUAGGGGCAAUCACUCUAAUGUCUGAAAAGGUGAAUGUAAUAUCUUGUUUGUUUAUUUUUAUUUUGUAAUCAAUUCCUGUGUUUCCUUUUGUGUGACGUACAUUUGCAGGCUGUGAUUGAGAUACUGUUUUCAUAUAUACAACAAUGUUAUGAGUUUGUA